GAAAAAACAGAACUUUAGAAAAUAAAAUUACUUAAACGCACGGAAUGUAGAAGUUGUAGAACUAACGAGAAAAUGGCAGGGCCUUCUCUUACUAUCUUCUUCUUGGGCUUGCUAUUCUUCUGUGCGAUAUCUGAAGCUUCCAAGUGCUCAGUCAAAGGGUUACCUGAAGUAAGAAAUAUCAGUGCCCUUCCACAGAAUAACUAUGGAAGGGGAGGUUUGGCACACACAACUGUUGCUGGUUCACUCUUGCAUGGGUUGAACGAGGUUGAGGUUUGGCUGCAAACAUUUUCUCCAGGAUCAGGCACACCAAUACACAGGCAUUCUUGUGAAGAAGUUUUUGUUGUCCUAAAGGGGAGUGGAACUCUCUACCUUGCACCAAACUCACACGAGAAGUCCCCUGGAAAACCACAAGAAUUCUCUGUCUUUGCAAAUAGCACAUUUCACAUACCUGUUAAUGAUGCUCACCAGGUCCGGAAUACAAAUGAGCAUGAGGAUCUGCAAGUGCUUGUUGUCAUAUCUCGUCCCCCAGUUAAAGUGUUCAUAUAUGAGGACUGGUUUGUGCCUCACACUGCAGCAAAAUUAAAGUUCCCCUACUACUGGGAUGAAGAGUGCCUUGAAGUCGAACCGCCGCCAAAGGAUGAGCUAUGAUAUUUGAGAAACAUUGCAUUGUGGAGUAUAUAGUCUCAUUUUCUUUUGAGAGAACGGAAAAGUUUGUAGACUUUAAAGUUUUCAGAUGCAUAUGCAGAAUUGGUACUUUUGGUCACAAUAUCAGAGCUUGUUUUUGGGUAA